CUGUACAAUAGUGCUUGUGGCACAGGUUGUGUGGUGAUGACCCAAUUCUCAGAAAUCGGAGAAGCGAAUGUGACAUUUACAGCUGUAACUUGCACGCACAUGUGCGGUAGAAGUGAAGUUCCCGUAAAAGCAAUGAGGUUAAUUACAAAAAGUCCGAGGUCUUUAAAUCAGAGUAGAGAGUACUGUAGGGAGGAAUUCCAAACCGCGUAGAACAGGGGCUCAGGCGUUGGCUCCGGGCGUAUAAGAAAGUAGUUCCCCGCGGGAAGCCUCAAUCGUUCCUCAGUCUCCUCUCAACCUCAACAGCGGCCCCUUCGCAAGCAGUUGUGUUUAGUUUACUACAAUUCUCUCUCUGGAAUUGGAGAUUGUCAAAGAGCGAGCUCCAAGAAUUAGAGUCGUGUUCAAGUACUGAGACCUGACUUGUUGAAGUAUUAGCGUGUCUUUGAGCAUUUUCUGAGAUUCGGGAGGAUUGCCCGCACUGCACCGAUCGCAGGAGUGCUAUUCUGUGCUCUAGCUGCAACAGCGUCGCGAUGGAUCCUCAACACCAAGCAAUUUAUGCCAAAGAGCAAAAGGACGUUCCAGACUGGAUGAAGGCUCACCACGAAUGGCAGGCAGCAGUCGAUAUCAACAAGUUGCCCAAAUACCAAUUGAAGGUGAAAAUGUGCUGCAUGAAAUGUGAGGAGAAAGUGCUGGAGGAGAUCCGUGAAGUGCACGGCGUCUUCGACGUGAAGGUCGAUAGAAUGAACAGCAAGGUUGUGGUGGUGGCUCUGCCUCCUCCCAACAUUCUGGACGAGCACGAGGUCCUGCGAAAGGCUAAGAAAAUCUACAGGAAGGCCAAGUUUGUGGAGCUGGACGCCAGCGAGAAACCCAAGAAUGAAGACAACAAGAAAAAAGAGGAUGACAAGAAGAAGGCCGAGGAAGCGAAGAAGCAGAAGGAACAACAUGCGGGGAAUUCCACCACCAACACCACGUACUACACCUCGCAGCCUUACAUCUUCUGGCCGGGCCAGCGAUUCGUCCCUCCCCAGGCAGGAGAGUAUCGCCCAAGCCAAUGGUAUGGUCCUCCAUACCAGUACCCACCGUUGCCAAACCAGCAAGAGGGCUCCCGCUUGCAACAAUACGUCUAUUACUACUAAACACCAACAACACCAACACCAACAGUACCAACAACAGCGUAGUCUUCGACGACAGCUUGUAACAACACCAGCUUUGCGAUGCUCAAAAACUCCUCGAAGCUUGGUAGGCUGCCACCACUCGAUGGAGGAUAAGAGCAAAUUUUCCCCCUUUUGUACAUUACCUUGGUAGAGAGAGCUAGACUUCGCUGGACUUGGAGGAGCUUCGACGUGCGGAAAUCGAAGCUCCUGAUGUGUACAUAUUGUCGCGGCAUAAGUUUAUGAGAAAGGUCGGGUGAUUUUCCUUUACAACA